UAUUACCUGUGUAAAGUCCAGGGCGGGUGUUUUUUGUCCUAUAAAUUCAUGUGAUAUGUGUCUUGACUUGUAGGAGGAGAAGAGUGACUCAUGAUAUAUAAAGGGAAGUACACUAGACUAGUGCAGCGCAACUGCAACGUGCUACUUGCCGGUGUACAGUAAGCGAGCGUGUGAAUAAAAACACCCCCACUCUUUAAACGGAUACCUGCAUUAACGCUAAAACAAAGGGGGAAUUAUAAAUGCAAUAUAUUAUAAACAAGCUAUUCAUUCUGUACGCGACAUUAAAACAAACAAACAAACUACUGGAACAGUAGUUACAAGACAUUUAGGAAUUAUACGUUUUCAAGUUAACACACUGCGGUGAUAGAUUUCAUAUAUUAGUAAAUAAACAAUGCAACGCUUUCCACGCUUUAACGAAGGGCUCCAGAGUGAUAUUCGGAUUUCAAAUUUAACAGGCUUGGAACACGACUGGACUGGGGUCUAUGAUGCUGUACGAUGGAUCCAGUUUAUCAUGGCUAUUUUAAGUAUCUUAGGUUCAGGCUCUAUCAUUACUUAUGCGGCAUUCCAGAAUUUAAUCAAGACUCCAGAGAUCCGGCCUCUCUUCUACCUCAGCUUCACUGACCUGCUGCUGGGGGUCAGCUGGCUGGUUGGAGCUGUGUUGUACAGAGAACCUCUGGGCAGUCAGAACAUCGCCUGCUACAACCUGCAAUCCACAGGACAGAUAUUCUACGUAUCUUCCUUCUUCUACACUAUAAACUACACCUGGGUCCUGUACACAGAUUUAAAGGAGAAGUACAACAGGACAGUGAAUGGUUUCUCUCAAGUGGGUUCAAAUCAUGCAUACCGAGUCAGCAGGAUCGUGACAAUUUUAUCAGGUGUGAUCCCUGUUCUCCUCAUGGCUCCUGUGUUCUGGGGUGGAAAUGUUGCAAAGUGCUACCAGAACUUCAGCCAGCCCUACAAAUGUCUUCUGAUGCACACUGGGACCCUGGAGCCGGACACAGGCUACAGUGAAGGUGACACCAAGGUCUGCCACGCCAUGCAUUACUACGGCAUCGGUGUCUUCCUGCUGACUUUCUUCUGCACGUUCACAGGCAUCGUGGUUUUGCUGGUGAAAGCUCGCUCACUGUACAAGCGCUUUGUGAACUCCAGCGGGUUUCUGGGAGACCAGCAGUGGGGGAACAUCAGAGUGAUCGAGCGCAGGGUCAUCCUCUACCCCACCGCCUUCUUCUGCUGCUGGGGUCCAGCGAUUGUUCUUGCGACAGUGAAGCUGUUUAACCCAACUGGCCAGGAGAAGUUCUAUGUGGUCCUCUACAUCCUGCAGGCGUUCACGUCGGCUUCACAGGGCAUCCUGAACUGCUUUGUGUAUGGCUUCACGCAGCACAUGUUCCACUUCAUGAAGAAAAAGACGUCCCGGGACGUCGACACCCAGACCCCGUUACUGCGGUCCCAGAAGAAAUGCUACGCCUCUCGGCACUCCAUCAGCACAGGCACCUCCCUGAUGACAGGCUAGACAAUGUGGCCCUCGUUUACCCAAUGAGGGUCAGCAACGAUCAGCGAUGAUGCGUAGAUUCUGGAAUCUUCAGCAUCAUUCCAACUAGAUAAGUGCACAAAGGUGGACAGAAUGUCCUGUUAUAGGGUGGUUCUGUACCCCUGAAAGGUUCCCCUGCAUUUUGGGUUAGAUUAACUGAGCAUUUACCCCAGUGCAUAAUUUGCACCAGUUUAUUGUAAAAUACAAUGUUAACGUUGCUAAACCCAGAGUGCUAUUUUACAAGCUGUCACAUACACCUUAUUUGUUUUGCUUGUAUUAUUUCAUUACUGUGUUAUUUUUUGAACAACGCAGUAAGGAUGCGUGUUUUUUUGUUGUUACAAGAAUUGUGCAGACUUUAGAGUGAAGUAAAUGCUUAGUGGAUUUGGUACUUUGUGUUUGAUACCAGAAGAACUGAAUGGGAAAGCAAGCUAUUAAACAUGUAUGUAACUUGUUUCUGAAAAUGAUAUUAAGACCACACCACCAUCCCACCAUAAAAUGUCUUGAAGGACAGCUUGCUUUGUAAGUUACAUCAAUGGGAUCAUUCAGGAAAACACAGCAGUAUCACAUCCUAGUACUUCCUUUCACAGCCUUCUGCAUUAGACAGCACUUCAGCUUCGUACCGCGGUGUCCUCAGUUAUUAUCAACAUCAGUUCAUGGGCGGUAAAUCAUUCUACGUUGGGGCUGUGGUGUCCCCAAUACUCUGAACACUACACAGUACAGAUGGUUCCGUUGAAGGAAUCAGUUUUCUAUGUACAUUGCUUUGUAUGCAUUGACAUUAUUUCUUGUCUUUUUUAAUGCAAAAUAGUCCUCUUGCUGUUGUUGUUUUAUUAUUAUUGUUAAUAAUAUGUCAUUAUUAUUAUAACUGGAAAGGGUAACUGAGUUUGGAUACAGAAUGCAGGUACACUAACUACAUUGCAGCUAGUCUUACUCUGUCUUUGCAAUAUGCAAUUCAAGUACUUACAACAAAAUUAAACUAUCAAGAAAAUAACUUAAAUAUAUGUUAAUCAUGUGUUACAUGCAUGUACUAAAUAUUAAUAACUACCGUCAAACUGUAUGUAGUUUGUAACAUGUAUUUUGCAGUGUAUCUGUGUUUUUUGAGUAUUUCUUCUAAAGUAGGAUUAAAAAGAUUUGAGAAUA